GGGGGAAAGUUUUGGAAUGAUGGGUCAUUCAAAUACCAUGGAGGUCAGACAAGUACCUUGGUCAUAGACAUAGAUAGAUGGAGUUAUUUUGAAAUCUUGGCCAUACUGAAGGAGAUGGGAUAUAGAAAUGUUAAGGAGUUGUGAUAUUCCCUGGGUGGUCCUGUAUUAGAAGAAAGGUUGGAGUUGUUAAGUGAUGAUAAGGGAGCAAUGCAUGUGGUGAACAUUGCGUUAUUGAAGGGGUCAGCUCAUUUGUUUGUGGUUCACAUGGUGUCUGAUCCUGAUUAUAUUCUUGAGUUGGAAAAUGAUGUUGGUGAGCAUGGUGAGGAUGGUGAAGAAAUAGGUAAAGAUGGACAAGUGGGUGAAAAAGAAGGUGUUGAGGUAGAAGAAGCUGAAGUUGGUAGUGGUGUAGGGGAAGAUGUAGUUGGUGGUGAGCAAAAUGUGGAGGAGGAUGGUGGAGAAGAUGGUAAAGGUAAUGGUGGUGAAGAAGUUGAAGUUGGUGGUGAAGAAACUGAAGUUGGUUGUGGUGUAGGGGAAGAUGUAGUUGUUGGUGAACAAAUUGUCGAGGAGGAUGGUGGAGAAGAUGGUAAAGCUGAUGAUGGUGAAGAAGUUGAAGUUGGUGGUGAAGAAGCUGAUGAUGAUAGUGAAGAUGUUGAAGAUGUAGUUGGUGGUGAUGAUGAUAGUGAAGAUGAUUUGGUGGAUGUUUUUGUGAAUGCAGAUGAAGAAGUCGAAGAGGAGGAUGUUGAUAGUGAAGAUGAGAUGAUGAUUGUUGGUACAGGAAGUGGAAGUAGGAAGUCAAAGUUGCAUGCCCAUGUUAGGGGCUUAUCAGAUAGUGAGUGGGAAUCUGAUGAAUGUGGUAGUAUUGAUGAAAGCGAUGAUGACUCAAGGAAUGAAACACCCCGAUAUGGAGAUUUUGNGGUAUUCUCAGAGCCAAGUAAUAUGAAAGAAUAUAAGUGGGUGGUGGGGACAUACUUCCCUGAAAAAACUUAUUUCAUUGAUGCAAUUAGAACAUAUGGAAUACAUAAUGGUAGAAAGUUGAAGAUUUCUAAAAAUGACAAGAGAAGAAUAUGUGUUAAAUNUUGUGGAUCACAAGGGAAGUGUCCUUGGUACGCAUAUUGUGCCUAUAGGAGUAUCCAAACUACAUGGCAACUAAGGAAGAUAAUUGAUAAACAUACAUGUAGUAGGGAAUUCAACAUUGGUCUAGUUACCAAGAAAUGGUUAAGUGGGAAAUUAGAGAAGACCAUNAAAGCAAAUCCAGAAAUCAAUAUGAGAAAUCUGCAUAGUAAGUUUUCAAAAAAAUGGAAUAUUGGUGUGUCUAGAUCUACAACAACCAAGGCAAAAGCCAUGGCUACUGCCAACAUUGAAGGUUGUUUCAAACUGCAGUAUGAAAGACUAUAUGAUUAUGCACAUGAAUUACUGAGAUCAAACCCUGGAUCAACAGUGAUAGUAAAAGUUGGACGAAAUGGGGAUAAUGUUAUAUUCAAUAGAAUUUAUAUGUGUUUCAAAGUAUGGAGGUGAGCUUUUAACUGCUGUUGCAAGAGAUGGUAAUGAUCAGAUGUGUCCAUUGGCCUAUGCUGUUGUUGAAGUAGAAAAUAAGGAGACAUGGACUUGGUUUUUAGAAUUGUUAAUUGAUGAUCUUGGAGGAGGAGGAUUCUGUUCAAGGUGCACAUUUAUGUCAGAUCAACAGAAAGUAAGUAUUUCUUUGUUCAUUUCGUUCAUUGCUUUUUUCAGCAUGUCAAUUUAACACUCUGAUUGGUGUCAUAGGGACUUAUGCAAGCUUUCCAGCAAUUGCUGCCUGGUGUGGACCAACGUUUCCGUGUAAGGCACUUGUAUUCCAAUUUUCGAAAGAAAUUUCCUGGCAUAAUUCUUAGACAAUUAUUGUGGAAGGCAGCAGCAGCUUCACACCCCCAAGCAUGGGAAACAGUCAUGAGACAAAUCAAGGAUGUCAACGAAGACGCCUUUAAACACUUGAUGAGUAUUGCACCAAGGUUUUGGUCUAGGUCAAGGUUUUCAGGAAGACCUUCAUGUGACACAGUUGUGAAUAACAUCUCUGAAGCUUUUAAC